AUGAGAACCGCCGCUCUUACUCUGGCGCUGCCCGCGCUGGCCAGCGCUGUCAAGUGCAAGCCCUAUGUCGAGUCCGAGAAGCUCCAGGAGCUUAUCACUAUCGAGGACCUGCUUGCCGGCUCUCAGAAGCUCCAGGACAUCGCUGAUGCACACGAAGGAAACCGCGCCUUCGGCGGUGGUGGCCAUAACGCCACGGUCGACUGGCUGGUCGAGGAACUUGAAAAGCUUGACUACUUUGACGUUUACAAGCAGCCCUUCACUGAGAGUUUUGCCGGCUCCAAGGCCACUCUCGCUGUUGAGGGUGCUGCCGUCGAUGCCCGUCCUAUGACCUAUACCCCUGCUGGCGAUGUCGCCGGUGCUUCCCUCGUUUCCGUCGCCAACCUUGGCUGUGAAGCGGGAGAUUUCCCAGCUGAGGUCUCUGGUGCUGUCGCGCUUGUGUCGAGAGGUACUUGCAACUUUGCCGUGAAGGCUACCCUCGCCAAGUCUGCUGGCGCCAUUGCGGCAAUCAUCUACAACAACGAUGUUGGUCCUCUUUCUGGAACUCUUGGCGCGGCGUCCGAUGCGUAUGCACCUGCUGUGGGCAUUACUCGGGAUGAGGGUCAAGCCCUCGUUGCUUCCAUUGAGGCAGGCGAGGAUGUCACCGUCGACCUGAACAUCAUCUCUAUCAUUGAGGACCGUGUAAACUACAACGUCAUCGCGGAGACGAGAGGUGGAGACCACGACAACGUCCUCAUGAUCGGAGGCCACUCCGACUCUGUUUUUGCCGGCCCUGGCAUCAACGAUGAUGGCUCGGGCACUGUUGGAGUCCUUGUGGUCGCCAAGGCUCUGUCCCAAUUCACCACUAAAAAUGCUGUUCGUCUGGGUUUCUGGGGUGCUGAGGAGUACGGCAAGCUCGGAUCGUAUUUCUACGUCAAGCAGCUCAAUGGUUCCGAGGAGGAGGUUUCCAAGAUCCGCGCAUACCUCAACUUCGACAUGAUUGCCAGCCCCAACCCUAAGCUCGCUAUUUACGACGGCGACGGUAGCGCCUUUAAUUUCUCUGGUCCUGCUGGUUCCGACGUUAUUGAGAAGGACUUUGAGGAGUUCUUCGAGGCCAAGGGUCGCGGCCACGUCCCUACCGAGUUCAACGGUCGUUCCGACUACGCUGCCUUCAUUGAGAACGGUAUCCCGUCUGGUGGUCUUUUUACUGGUGCUGAGGGCCUCAAGACCGAGGCCGAGGCAGCCAUUUUCGGCGGUGAAGCUGGUGUCGCCUACGAUGUCAACUACCACUUGGUCGGUGAUGACAUCACCAACUUGGACAACGAUGCCUACCUCAUCAACGCCAAGGCUAUCGCCCAUAGCGUUGCUUUGUACUCCAUGAGCUGGGAGACCAUUCCUCCCGUCUCGCUCGCCAAGCGCAGAUGGGCUGCCGAUACUGCCCAGCACCUCAAGCGCGCUGCUGAGCUCACCGGCCACUCCCACGACGGACCAUGCGGUGGUGGUGCUCACUUCUAG